AUGGAUCACGACCCCAAAAUCCCAGCACCUAAUGUUAUCCUACACGCCCACAAGGACUGGCACCUAUGGUUCCCGCUGCUUGAGAAACACUCGCGCGAUCGCGGAGUCUGGGAAUACAUUAACCCAGAUGUUGACACUCUCAUGCCAGCGAUCGAAUCCCUCGAGCCGGUCUAUCCGGCCAUUCCACCCGAGCCAGUCAAGCCUACUUCGCCUACCUCAGAGCAGACGCCUGAACAACAGGCUGCUCUUGAAGAGUACAAUCAUAAGAAGGCAGCCUAUCAGCUCGCUGCCAAAAAUCACGAGGAGGAUGUUCGCGUCUACAAAGUCCUAUGUAACCAGUGGGUUAGGAAGGCUUCGAAGAUCGCAAACAUCAAUGAGUGGAUCAAUCGUACAGUUUCCCAGGACUUGCUCUUACCGAUCACAAUGCAACUCCUGCGCGGAAUAUCCACUCCACAGGCUGUAGUUAGGGAGCUCAAGAAGCGUCUCUCGCCAUCGGAUUCGAACACCAAGAACCUCCUGCGCAUCCAAUACAGGGCUCACUUAGAGAAGGCCAAAACUGGUCGAUCUAAUGUGGACAAGUGGUUCAACGAUUGGCAGGCUCUCUAUGCAAAAGCUCAAGCGUUCGAACUUCACGAAGUUAAGGGUGAUCUCGCUGUCACCGACUUUCUGGAUGCGUUGGCGGCAAAGAUCGCUCCUGACUGGGCACACAAUUUGCGACAAACGAUCACGACUGCGUCAGCUAUGGGCAAUCACUGGCAUACAUGGGCAAAAUGGUCGGUUAUUCCGGUCGGUUAUUCCGGUUAA